AUGGAGUCGCUAGAUUUCACAGAUCCGAUGGCGGUUGAAGCUGAGCUUAGAAAGACGAUCGAAUUUCUUAAAGGUUCAGGCUUUUCCAUGGCUUUGAGCGCUGAAUUUCAGUUCUCCCCCGACUACGAUCAAGUCUGGAACAGCGAAUGGGCCAAAUACGACAAACUAGAGAAGGCUCGCAAAGACUGUGGCAUUGAGAGGCUGGAAUGGCAAAAUGAGCUUGAUGAAUACAGAGACAGCGCUCAAACAGAGAGGCGCGAGACUAGUUCGGAUGAUUCGAUCGACUCGAGAAGCAAAAAUUCCUUGAUCAGCUAUUUAUUCGCUUUUAGUAUGGAACAGUAUGGCGAGGCACCGACGAUCAAUAGGCUCCAAGGCUGGAAGACGGCCAUAUCGAGCUGGAGGCUGUUUCGCGAGAAAUACAACUCAGAUGAUAAAAGUUUUCGCCUGUAUCUUUCCGAUGCACAACGUGCCUCUUACUUUUUGCUGGACGACUGGUGGCAUUCUCGAUACUGCAGCACUGGAGACAUGGCUUCUUUCAAAAACUCGCUUGAUGAGCUAUUUUCCAUAACUUCCACGUCACCGCCGACAAGUACGAGCUUUCCAUACACUUGGAAGUAUAACUCGCUGUAUCAUAAGUUGUGUCUCGAGCUGUUUAUGAGGGAGUUCCACCCCAUGGAAUGGGAGCCAUUCAACCCACACAGUUUCCUGGCUGGUCUGAUGAGCUCUCGGAAGAAGGCUACUAAAGAGGCCAUAUCAAUGCGUUUUGCGUAUUUUGCUUUGCAGGAAAAGUUGGAACCAAGCCACUCUGGCUCCUUUCCUGUAUACCCACGAUACGCGAGAGACAAACAGCUCUGGCGUGAGAACGAAUAUUUUAACGAACCUGCGAAAGAUGGCAUAGCAAGAGAAAUUUGGAAACUGGUUGAUCAGAAUUCGCCCGACCCAAGAUACCUCUGGGACGUAAAGGCCAAAAAGACGAUCCGAGUUGAUCAGCAUCAUCCUGAGUAUGUCUGCAUCAGCCACACUUGGGGCCGAUGGACUGUCAAGCCGCCUUCUCAUAUCAGUAUCCCAGGAGUACCUUGGAAAGUCCUCGAGAACACUUUGUAUGAUAUCCAAGAUCUACCCAACAUGCUCCUCAAAUUGAACCACGACUUCAUCUGGCUUGAUCUUUUUUGCCUACCGCAGGACGAUUCGCCCGAGCAUCGAGCGGAAGUUGCCAAUCAAACAGCCAUAUUUCAUCGAGCAAAGAAGUGUAUCGCUUGGCUCAACGAUGUAGAGACCUGGGAUGGAACGAAGGCUGCCAUAGAUUACUUGGGUAUGAAGUAUUUGCGCACAUCAGCCACUGACCCAGAGCUCGCAGUCAGUGAUAAGCGCUUGAAGUCUAGUAUUGCCACGGCGGCGGACAAGCAUUUGGAACUGAUGAAGGCAAGUGACGAGCCUUCGACUUGGUUCUCGUCUUUAUGGACCCUUCAAGAAGCUGCCUUGUGCCCUGACUUACAACUUUGCACGAGAAGCAUGGAACUGCUGUUGGAUAACACUGGCACUCCAAUAAGUCUUUCAACUUUGAUGGCCAUUCUCUCUCUCCUCAGGGCUCCGAACAGGAGCAAAAUGGCAGAGUUUCCUUCCGAUCCACCUUUUGAUAUCGUUCCUGAGUGCGUGUCAAAGCUUUUUCUCUUGGGAAAGAUGACAAAAUUGGAGUGGCUGCUGGAACAUUUAACGCCGAUGGAUAUCAUGGUCACAUCGAACACGCGCACUUGCAAACGUUCUCGAGCCGUUGCAAUCAUGAAUGCUCUUGGUGUUUUGGACUGGUACAAGACAGACCCUGAGGGCGGCAAACUUGGUACGGGCGGCAAGGAAGAGAACCUUGUUUUGGAUACAUUUCCCAUUGAGUUUGUCAGGGAAGCCGCACGCAAAUACGGAGCUGUGUUCUACACGGCAGUCAAAUCCGUAAACUCUUACAGAGUUAAGACACACGAAGGGCUCUGGGGGUUUCCAGAUGUUCAUAUUGGAAGCAUGAUGCCUUUUUCCGAAACCCACGGAUGGUAUACAUCCGUGAUGAAUGCUGUGACAGUGCCAACAAUACAGAAGAAGGACCAUGAAGCAGUUGCUAGCUGGCACAUUAACGAAAAUGGGAGCGUGAGAAUACGAUCUGCAGGCAUAGUCUCCUGCUCAAGCAAUUCCGCCAACAAGCCCCCAAUCAAAUCCUUUGUCGCCACCAUGGAAGGACGCGAAAGGUUGACAAUUGUGCAAAAUAAAACGGCCCACAAUGACUUACAUGCUUCGCUUCGGGAGUUGGCUGGGGAUACAAUGGUAUUUUAUGCGGUUGUACUGCAGGAAGACUAUGGAAAGAAGUCGGGUAUCUUGCUUCAGGCGCCCAGGACGAGAAUUCCAAAACCUGGUAAGAGGUGGCUGAUCAAAGCAGGCUUUUUCAACACGCUCGAAUCAUCUUCGCCGACGCCAUCCACAGCUGUUAAUUGGUGCGUUGCGUGA